AAAAAUAAUCAACAAGAUGUUCAACCAAGUAUUUCUCAAACUAAUCUUUUUGAAAUACUAAAUGAUAAAACAAUUGAUAAUACAGAUUUAAAUAUUAAUUUUUCUAUGAACGAGGAUAUCUCUUUGGAACAUAUAUUGAAUUCAUCUUUUACUACUUUAGUAGAAAUAAAUGCUCAAUAUAAGGAAGUGACAGAAAUAAUAAAUGACUCCAAUGGUAUUAAUUCUAACGUUGCAGAAGACAAUAUUCAAAAUAAAACUUUAAAACUUUGUCAAAUAACAACAGUUAAUCAACAAGACAAUAUUUAUGAAGACAGUGAGGAUUACAAUAAUGAUCCAGAUUAUGAUGUUUCCAAUGAUUCAGAUGAUGAAUCAAAUAUUUCUAUUUUUGAAAGCUUUGAUAAAAAUGAAAAGUCUAAUACUACAAAUGAUAGUCUUAAUACCUCGAAAUAUGAAGAAAAAGCAAAUUGUGAUGAUACAAAUCUUAUUGUGCUUAAAUCUCAAGAGAAAGGACAAAAUAAAAAAUAUUUUUGCAAGUAUUGCAAAAAAUUACAAACUAAAUUUGCACGACACUUAGAGACUGUUCAUAAAAAUGAGGAAGAGGUAAAAAAAUUUAUUUUGCUUCCUAAAGGUAAUUCAGAAAGAAAGGCCAUCAUAGAGACUAUUAGAAAAGAAAGUAAUUUUAUAUAUAAUACUAGUUCGCAGUUUAAUACAGGAGAAUUGAUAGUAUCUCGGAGACCUUCGAAAAUUAACAAACUUGCAUCAGAAUAUAUUUGUUGUCCAAAGUGUAAGGGCUUUUAUACAAAAAAUAAUGUAAGACAUCACUUUCAAAAUUGUAACAAAAGAAGUAUUGGCAGACAUGUUAUGGUACUUGGUAGAAAAGUACAAGCACGGAUACACACUAAAGCCAGUGAUAUGGUUAGAAAAGUAAUCUUCCCAAUUAUGAGAGAUGACAAUGUGUGUAGAAUAAUAAGAUAUGAUGAGUUAGUGAUACUUCGCGCAAAUAAAUUAUGUAAUAAAUUUAGGAAUCAACGCCACCAUGAUAUGAUAAGAGCAGAAUUAAGACUUUUAGGUCGUUACUUAAUUUCUAUUAAGAAAUUUAAUUCAAAUAUCACUAAUUUUGCCUCAAUAUAUCAACCGUGCAAUUAUGAUUCAUGCAUUUUAGCUGCUAAAGAUGUAGCUCAAUUUAAUCCUGAUACUAAUAAAUUUAAAACACCGUCUGUCGCUACACGACUUGGUACGCUCUUAAAAAAAUUAGGAAACAUAUUAUGUACUGAAUAUAUAAAAAAAGAUGAUAAUGAGGGUUUAAGAAAGGUAGAAAAUUUCUUGAAACUUUUAGAAGAAGAUUAUGGAGCAACAAUAAAUAAAAUAGCAGAGGAAACUGUAACGCAAAAUAAAAGACAUAAUAAAAUUGAAUUACCAGAUAUGGAGGAUAUCCAGAAAUUAUAUAAUUAUUUAAAAGAAGAAAGAAACAUAUUGUAUAGUGAGCUUCUUAAAUCUUAUAAUUACAGUACAUGGUUAGAAUUAUUAAAAGUUACGCUUAUUUCUAUGCAAGUUUAUAACAGAAGAAGAGCAGGUGAAAUAGAAAAAGUUCUAAUAGAAGAUUACAAAAGUUUUAAAAGUGUAGGAGAACACACAGAUUCUGAAGUGUACAAUUCAUUAUCAGAGUCUGGAAAAGAGGCUAUUAAAAAAUUCGUUACAUUUGAUAUUAGAGGUAAACUAGGUCGUACAGUUCCCGUAUUGUUGCAUUCACAAUUACAAGAUUGCAUCAAAUUAUUACUGCAACAUAGAUUAAAUGCAAAAAUAAAAUCAGAAAACCCUUACCUUUUUGGCAUUCCUGGAUACGAUAAACAUCGAUAUAAGCAUUUGAAAGCGUGCAUUCUUAUGCGAGACUAUUCUUCAAAAUGUGGAGCAGCAAAACCUCUUACUUUACGAGGCACCAAACUACGAAAACAUAUUGCCACAAAAUGCAUCACACUUAAUCUUUCAGAAUCGGAAGUUACAGAGUUGGCAAACUUUAUGGGUCAUGAUAAAAGCAUACACAAAUCGCAUUAUCGACAGUCAAUUCCUGAAUUAGAUAUUCCAAGAUUCUCCCGACUUCUAAAUCUAGCUAUUUUUAAUGAGGAAAAUGACAAUGAAGAUGGAGAAAUUGAGCAAAAUCUUAUUUCUGAGAAUUUAAAUGACUCAUCUGAAUCCUCUCAUUCUGAUGAUAUUGAAAUUAAUAAUAAUAUACCAUCAUCAAAAACACCUAAGAAAAAACGAAGCACAUCACCAUUUGGGCCAACUAAAAGGAAGCGAUGGACGCAAAAAGAAAUUCAAAUAAUAUUAACAGAUUUUUCUCAAGAAAUAGAAAAAUCACGCUUACCAUCUGGAAGAGAUAUUGAGACUUUAAGACAAAAACAUUCAUGUCUACAAAAACGCACAGUGCCGCAGAUAAAGACAUGGCUUCAUAAUAUUAUAAGUGGUAAAACAAAAAUUCCAAAGAUUUAAUUAAUUUUCAUAAUAUAUUAUCCUC